CACACACACACAAGCUCACUCACUAGCAGACACACACACACACAAGCUCACUCACUAGCAGACACACACACACACAAGCUCACUCACUAGCAGACACACACUCAAGCUCACUCACUAGCAGACACACACACAAGCUCACUCACUAGCAGACACACACACAAGCUCACUCACUAGCAGACACACACACAUGCUCACUCACUAGCUGACACACAUGCUCACUCACUAGCAGACACACACACACAUGCUCACUCACUAGCAGACACACACACACACAAGCUCACUCACUAGCAGACACACACACACACACACACAAGCUCACCAAUCAGUGGUGUAUUUUGGAUCUGUGCUGCCCUAGGCAUGACGGAAUUUGGGUAUUUUGGAUUUGUGCUUUGACACAAUCUGACAGACACACACAAUCACUCACACACACACACAUAUUCACUGACAGACACACUCACUCACAGACACAUACUUAGACACACAAGCUCCCUCACAGACACACACACUCACAGACACACUUACAGACAGACACACACACACACAGGCACCCUCACAGACACACACAAUCACUCAGACACACACUGACAGACCUACUCACUCUCACUCAGACACAAACACUCACUCACAGACACACACAAUCACUCAGAUACACACUGACAGACAUACAGAAACACUGACAGACCACUGACAGCCAUACACACACACACACACACACUGCCAGCCAGCUAGACACGCACACACUGCCAGCCAGACACACACACACUGCCAGCCAGACACACACACACUGCCAGCCAGACACACACACACUGCUAGCCAGACACACACACACUGCCAGCCAGCUACACCCACACACACUGCCAGCCAGCUAGACACAUACACACUGCCAGCCAGCCAGCUAGACACACACACACUGCCAGCCAGCUAGACACAUACAUACUGCCAGCCAGUCAGCUAGAGACACACACACACAUACUGCCAGCCAGACACCGACACACACACACACACGUGUCUUCCUGUUUUAAAUCUGAUUACUCUCAGUGCUGUAUGUGGCUGGGUGUCAUUACUGCAAUAUAGCAAACACAAUGGCUAAAAGUCUUAAAAAUCACUAUUGAGCUUGUUAUGGUGCCACAUACAAUGGAUCUGUCAUUUUUAUUAUGUUCUUCAUUUUGUGAUGAUUUUUUUUUUCUACUUUUAAUCUGUCUCAUUUUCAAGUUUAAAUAUAGUGACUAUCUUGUCUUAUAACAUUUCUUUCUGAAGGCGAACAUAAAAUGUAAUAAACUCCCAGCGCCUGAUUUUUUUUUUUCUUUUCACUUACCAAACCCAUUAUGUAUAUAGCAUCCUUCAGCUAGAAAGAUAUGAGAGGAGUUUUAACAAUCAAUCUCUUUACAGCGCAGCAUGUAUGGAUUGUGAAACAGGAUAUAGUAGAAAUGUGUCAGCAUUUUUGUUGUAGAUAAUCUGUAUUCAAAGUUCAUCUUACAAAUAAAAAAGAAGCAGACUCUUUCAAUGGUAGAUAAUACAAGAGAUAACAAUAAGUAUGUGAGUGUGUGGAGGUAGGAAGGGCAGGGAGUAGAAUGAGCACACAUACAGUGUUAUUCACAAAAGGGUGAAUUGGAAUGGAAUUUAAGGUGACUUUCAGAUUUCUGGUAAAAGUAGCCAAAAUGGAAACCUUCUCUUACCUAUGCUUCUAAUUCAGCUACUUUAGCCUUAAAUUUAAAAUUCUCUUUGAAUUCACUUAAAAUUAUCACUUAAAGGACCACUAUAGGCACCCAGAUUACUUCAGCUCAAUGUAGUGGUCUGGGUGCCAGGUCACACUAGUUUUAACCAAGCAGCUGUAAACAUAGCAGUUUUUGAGAAACUGCUAUGUUUACAUUGAGGGUUAACAACAGCCAUUACAGCCCCCUUCCGAGAUCCUCAAUGGGAAAAUCACAUUGAGGACAAGCUGACGUCCAUAGGAAAGCAUUGAGUAAUGCUUUCCUAUGGGCGGUUUGAAUGCGCGUGCGGCUCUGGCCGCACAUGCGCAUUCGGAACCGACAUCGGCAGGGGGAGGAAAGGUAAUCGGCGCUGGAUUAAGGUUAGUGGCUGAAGGGGUUUUAACCCAUUCAGCCCAGCAGGAGGGGGGCCCUGAGGGAGGGGGCGAACCUAAUAACCGUAUAAUGCCAGGAAGAUGAGUUUGUUUUCCUGGCACUAUAGUGCUCCUUUAAGUGAAUAACCCUUAUAGUCUACAAGAGCAUCAAUCGUUGUUCCCAAAAACAGCUAAAAAAAUUUUUUUUUUAAAGUUCCAAUAUUAAAAACCAAGCAGUGCUAUCACUCACCAAUCAGGUGCUUUAUAUGUAGGUAACCCUGUAUUGUAACAUCUGCAGGAGGUGUACUUUUGGCAGCUGAUGUAUAUCUCUCCUUGUAGCUUGCAGGAAACCCAACAAUGGUUGGAGAGGUAAGGCUGAAGAAGGGGGAGAGUGCGUUGAUGAAAGAAGAUCAGGUUCUUCUCAUGGUAAAUUCCCUUCACCCGUACACCAUGGUCUUUGAAGAAGACAAUACCAAGGAACCAACUACCUCUAGGAAAUCCAGAGCGCCUGCUAAAGUUCCGAAGCCUCCAGCUCAUACUGGAUCGCCAAGGAAGACAAUAGUAGAUUUCUUUGGUGCCUCUGCAUCUGAAGGUCAAAAGCGGCGUCCUCGAGGUGAAGAAAAUUCCAAACCUGUCAGCAAGAAGCCAAAGUAUCAAGAAAAUGCUUCAGAGGCUACAGAAAAACAAGAAGAUUCAGACGAUGAAGAGGAGAUUGCUAAGAAACUGAAAGACCUGCAGGAGACUGCGGCCAAGGCCAAUAUGACAAAAAUAAGUACGAGCCAGACAUCGUCUGAGGUAUCGAGAGGAAAUCCAUGCAGCAAGGAUUCCUGGGAGGAACACGGAAAACUUCUGGUGUUUAGCAAGAAAGGUGUUCAGGCCUCUUCCAAGGUACCAGAUAGUCAGCUUCCCUUUAAAACUGAAGUGAAAUAAAUUUGUAUCUCUUUUUAAAUAUAAUAGGCAGUAUAUUAUGAUAUCUAGUGUAUAAGACUUAUUCCUGUAACAUUUUGUAAGUAUCUCAAUUAUUGUUAAAUCUCUUCCUCUUAUAAUAUCGUAAAGCGCUAUGGAAUAUGUUGGCGCUAUAUAAAUACCGAUAUAAUAAUAAUUAGACGUGUCAUAGAAGACUGUAGAAGAGGCCACAGAACUAUUUAAUGUAGCUAGAUAGCCCAUGGUUUAUCCAUUUAUUCCUUAGUCACACUUUAAAAAAAAAUAAAAAAAAAAAUUGUGUGUUAGCAUGAGUUAAGAACCUAGUUGUUCAGAAGCCACAAAACCUGGUGCUCCACUUUCUACCAAAACUCAUGAGGUUUUAGAGGCAAAUAGUGAUAACUUGUAAAUGUUAGUACAUAAACCCCAAGGUCUAACUAUAAUCAUUCCUAUUGGGGAAAAAUUGGGUUAGAUUUAUAAAAAUUGUCCCUACCAAAAAAAAGUGGGACAGAGUACUAAAAGUGCAACAAUCACAGUGGAAGCAAAUUGAGCAUUCCUUGUGAUUUUUGUUUUCAUGUUGUUACAACUUUGGCAGGCUUUUCUGUUACUGCACUUUAAAAAAAUAAAAACUUCAUUGUAUCUGAUUCCUGUUCAACAUUCUAGCUUUUAUGUUCUGUGAUCAAACUUUGUCAUAAGCAAACACCUUAAAGGACCACUCUAGGCACCCAGACCACUUCAGCUUAAUGAAGUGGUCUGGUUGCCAGGUCCCUCUAGGAUUAAGCAAUUUGUUUAUAAACAUAGUUUCAGAGAAACUGCUAUGUUUAUAAAUGGGUUAAUCCAGCCUCUAAAGCCUCUAGUGGCUGUCUCAUUGACAGCCGCUAGAGGCGUUUUCGUGCUUCUCACUGUGAAAAUCACAGUGAGAAGACGCCAGCGUCCAUAGGAAAGCAUUAUCAAUGCUUUCCUAUGAGACUGGCUGAAUGCGCGCGCAGCUCCUGCCGCGCAUGCACAUUCAGCCGACGAGGAGGAGAGCUCCCCGCCCGGCGCUGGAAAAAAGGUAAGAUUUAACCCUUCCCUCGACAUCCAGCCCGGCGGGAGUGAGACCCUGAGGGUGGGGGCACCCUCAGGGCACUAUAGUGCCAGGAAAACGAGUAUGUUUUUCUGGCACUAUAGUGGUCCUUUAAUAUUUUUUUGUCUUUCACGUACCAGAUACAGGUUCAUUCAUUGCCUAAAAAGCAAUUAGUAAAUUUGAAUAACUAAUAAUUUCUUUUUAAUAUCUUACUUGGACUACUAGCUGUUGAAAUACUUAGGUACCACAUUUAAUUUUUUAGGCUGUACUCCCAGAACGAAAUGAUCUGUUUUUUUUGUCCUGCAGAUUGCGGGGUUUGACAUUGAUGGAACAAUAAUUACUACCAAAUCAGGAAAAGUCUUCCCCACCAGCCCUGAUGAUUGGAGGUAAGAAGAUCUUCCUUGAAGUUAAUAAAAAAAAAACACUAAACAGAUUAACAAUCUGCUCACACAUUUAGACAGGUAUGUGUGCAUUCUUCAGUGAAGGAUUUUUAUUUUUUUUAAUGUGGCGUUCUCUUUUGAUCAAACAGAAUUUUAUAUCCAGAGGUUCCAAGAAAAUUGAAAGAGCUCCUGGUUGAAGGAUAUAAGGUGUGUCUCCUAGCUUUUCAUUCCUGUUCGUCCAAACGUAACUCUGCGGUUCUAUUUACUUCUCAGUAAUUUAGCUCCUUCCUUGUUGUCCUUAGGUGGUCUUCAUUACUAAUCAGAUGGGAAUUAGCCGUGGUAAACUGCGCCCCGAAGUUUUUAAAGCCAAAGCUGAAGCAAUUUUAGAUAAAUUGGGAAUUCCUGUACAGGUAUGUGCAAACUGUUCUACACACUUCAGAAUUUUGAUUUCAUAAAUGACUCUAUAAAUAAAUGCAGUUUUUAUGAAAUGAGCAAGACCCUCCACUCUAGAAAUGAGCCCAAUUUUUUUUAAUGCAUUAUAUAGAUAUUGCCUUAAAGUGAUGGGUAUUAUACAAUAAACGUCUUUGCCAUAUCAUGUAAUGGACAUUAUGGAUAUGUAGUUAAGCCCGUAAUAGUAGUUCUUUUUAAGGGACACUGUAGGCACUAUAACUGCUUUAUCUCAUUAAAGUACUUAUAGUGUUUAGAGUCCUCUGGUGCCCUCCUUCCACUCAGUGUUAAACAAUUUUUAAUGUUUUAAUCCUAAGCGAGAAUCCCCUGCUGUCUGUCCCCUUUGUACUGCUUGGGCUACAGAAGCCAGAAUGGGUUAACGAAGAUGCAGCUGACUGCUUUCAGUCUAUCACAGCACUCGUUGGUGGAAUGAAUCGGUAUGGCUAGAAUGUCUGCCUUAGCCAGUCUACCAGUAGGGGCCAGGUUGUGAGUGGCCAUCAACCACUUUCUAGUAAAAAACUGUCUGAGAAUUGUUUCACACUGAAUGGAAGGACAUUGACAGGGGACUGCAGCCACUAUAACCAGAUCAAUAAGAUGAAACGGGUAUAGUGCCUAGAGUGUCCCUUUAAACAUAAAGUUUGAAUGGACUGCUAAAUAAAUUGUCACUGCUAUCUGUUUGACAACCUACUCCCAGUGUUGUGAAAGGGGUUGUGUGCAAUGUUUUCUUAUGUCGAGGGACGCACAUUUGUGCAUACGCAAUUCACUCUCUCGUUUAGAGAUGUUGAAAGGCUGAGGGAUCUUUUGAUUCAUUUUUUAAAAUUAUUAAAUUAUAAUUUCAGCCAUAUGCAAGGCUGCCAAAGCACUAAAUCUUCUAUUCUCCCAUAAUGCCUUUCGCAUUGCAUGUGCAUAUAUGUUAAGCUCUGUAAAUAUGGCUGCAUCUUUCCACUCACGUGGCAUCAUAGAUGGAAUAUGCCUGUACACACACGUGCUCUUGAGCUAUCAAGGAAAGAUGUUGCAAGUACCUGGUUGUGAUAAAGAGGUAAGUCUUUUUAAAUGUUGUUGCCAUAAUGAUUACUGUGAGGAAGGGUAAUUGAACUGUCACCAAUAGUGAUGUCCCGAACGGUUCGCCGCGGACUCGUCAUUGAGUAAACUUUGACCCUGUACCUCACAGUCAGCAGACACAUUCCAGCCAAUCAGCAGCAGACCCUCCCUCCCAGACCCUCCCACCUCCUGGACAGCUCACUAAGAAUGCAGCUUCACAAUGAAUGUAAAAUGGAUGCUGUCCAGGAGGUGGGAGGGUCUGGGAGGGAGGGUUUGCUGCUGAUUGGCUGGAAUGUGUCUGCUGACUGUGAGGUACAGGGUCAAAGUUUACUCAAUGAUGAGUCCACGGUGAACCGUUCGGGACAUCACUAGUCACCAACUCUAAGAUUACUGUUUCUUUAUCAGAAAAGUAAUUCUAUUUAUCAUCUAAUAUCAUUGAUCCUGUGUGUAUUCACAUGACAAGCUGCAUUUUCCAUUUAAUUCCAGAUCUUUGUUGCAACAGGUAUGGGAAUGUACCGUAAACCUGUGACUGGAAUGUGGGAUUACCUGUGUGAAAAGGUGGGUGUUUAUUGCAAGACAAAACAGAUGAUGUAAAAUCGAUUGCUGGACCCAAAUAAAAACACCCGCUAAAUGUUAGAGCACAGGAGUGUAAGUGUACCUUAGAUUGAUCACUCACUAUCACCUAUCUCUUUCUCUAUCUGUCUUAGAGCUAAAAACCCCCUUUUUAGUAGUGAUACAUCUCCAACCAAUACCACUACUUAUUUAUCUAUAAUAGAUACAGAAAAUAUUCUCUUUUUCUUGUAUACCUUUAUCCUGGGAGAGGUGCACGCAGGUUCUGUGACUGCUUAGAGCAUGCAGUUUGGCUGAACUGAUGGAUUUCCUCCACCGGAAAGAAGAGAAGAAACACCUCAAUCCACAAACAAACAAAAAAAGGGGGAAAACUUAAUCUUUACUCAAAUACAUCACAGCUGGGGAUAUACAGAGGGAAGUACUGGAUCAAUUCUGGCACAUUUUGUGCCUACACCAGCACUACUUCAGAUCAAUUCUGGCACAUUUUGUGCCUACUCAGGCACUACUUCAGAUCUGUUCUGACGCAUUUUGUGCCUACUCAGGCACUUCAGUUCUGAAGCAUUUUUGUGCCUACUCGGGCACUACUUCAGAUCUGUUCUGACGCAUUUUGUGCCUACUCUGGCACUACUUCAGAUCUGUUCUGACGCAUUUUGUAACUACUCCGGCACUACUUCAGAUCUGUUCUGACGCAUUUUGUGCCUACUCUGGCACUACUUCAGAGAAGUGCCAGAAUUGAUCCAGGACGUUCCUCUGUAUGCCUCGGCCAUGAUGUUAACUAUAUUUGAAUAAAGGUUAAUUUUUCCCUUUAUUUUGUGAAUUGAUGUAUUUUUUUCUCACCUUUCCUGGUGAAGGAAGUCCGGCAGUUCAGUCUUCAAAGACUGGAAAACCAAAGCUGGACAAGUAGCACGCUGCCAUUGAUUGUGUGCUGCUCCGAAAGUGACAUCCCAUGAUGUAAAUUUGUGCUAGAAUUCAAUUAUAUAAAUAAAAUAAAUGUUAUUGUUCAAUAUACGUAGUGUACAUUCAGUACAAAAUGACAGUUAGGAGCAAAAUACAGAGGAAAUAUAAAUGCACACAAAAGAAAUCAAAAUAAAGAGAACCCCUUGAUUAAAGCUUUCCCCCAUCUGUUACUUAUAUUCUGCGUGUUGUGUAUAUGAAACAAUAAUAAAGGCUAUUUUGUUCACAAACGCAUGUUACAGUCACAGAAUUGCUGUUUCUCUGCUUUCCUAUGACUUUCUUUAUUGUAAUACUCCCCAUGAACGAGUACCAGCUCCUGUGUGUUGUUACUCAAUGCAGCAUGAUAAUUUAUGCUUAUCGCUUUGACUUUAACAAAAAGUAAUCAAACAAAAGUAGGUUCUAUUUCAGAAUGGCAGAUGAAUGCAGGUCCUAUUUUAUUAAAGAGGUUGUGAAAGUCUGUGACCAUAACCAUACAUAAAGCUGUCUAGUCAAUCUGUUGUACAGAUAAAACAAAUCCGGUUUUUGAUUAAUUUUCCAUUAUUUCUGCUAAAUACCUGGUUCCAUUAACUCCUUAAGGACCAAACUUCUAGAAUAAAAUGGAAUCAUGACAUGUCACACAUGUCAUGUGUCCUUAAGGGGUUAAUGCCGUAGUUUGACACAUUCACAGGACUGAGCUGGAGAAUUCCACAUGUUUAUUAAACUGAUGACAUGUGGGAAGUGACAGAAGAUCAAUGAUCUACAAUUGGAACAUUGCUUAGAACAUAGACUACAAAGUGAAGCAAACUUCACUGAUACCUAUAGGAAAAGUUUGAGUUUACUUCAUUUUCAAAAUAUGAGCCCCUUUUGUGUUGGGCUCUUGAACAUUGUUUAAAUAUUUAGAAAAUGGUUUUUAGUUAGACACAUCUACUUAUGGUGCAAAACAUGAAUUAUUAUAACUGUUUGCUUAGGGUCAUGGGUUCGAGGACAUGACAUACACAGAAGGCUGCAAAGCAACUGAUCACAGAACAAUUAGCACAUGGCUCUAUAUAAUUACUUAAAUUACAAUUCAUUUUAUAGCACCAACAUAUUCUGAAGCACUGUAUAAUUGGAAGUAAGACAAAGAUUUACUUUUAACAAAACAUGUAUGGUCCUUCUCCAAAAAGCUCCGCAUUUAAAAGAUCUUUAAAUAAAAAUAAAUGCAUGAUGUCAAUUUAAACCUAUAACAUUUUAAAGUACCCUGCUGCCCUGCCCUCAUUGGUUCCUGAAAUGCACUCUUUGGCAAAUAGUUAUAUUUUUGGCAAACAAAUGCUCAAGAACACAUUCUGGAUAUGCACGGUCAGAAAUAUAACGGUAUGUAAACCGAAACUGCAGCACCCACCGCAUCCCAUUCAGGGUCAGACCACUUACAAAAAAUGUCAGCCUCUACACUCCCAUUGCAAGCUCGUGUCUUAUAUCUAGUUUAGAAUUUUUUCCAACAGCUUAACCCAUCAUCUAAAAUUUGAAAUAGGAAAUGAUCCAUACAUUUGUGUAGUGUGGGGUAUAGAUAAUGUAUUCCUAUAAACAAAGAGCUGUUAUGUUAAAGUAUGGCAAUCCUAUCAAAAUUGUUGAGCGCACUCAUACCUGAUAGCCGGGGUGGGGGGGGGGCUCCCAGGACCCGGAUCUGCAAUCCAGUAAAUAUAGAAAUUAAAAAAAUGAUUCAGCACUCCUUUUAGUCCUUGUAAGCAUUCUUUUAUUUAGGGACAGAAAUCAGCCGCGACAACAUAUUGUCCAACCCUUGACAAAGACCAGGGAACUGGAUGAAACUUUGUUUCUGCUGCUGUGUGCCCCUAAAUAAAAUAUUUCUUUAAUUGAUUGAAGGACUAUAAACAGGACAGGCACACUAUCAUUUUAGGAGUGAAUGGUGUGUCUUUGGUUUCAUUGGUAACAUUCUUAUUUUAUUUCAUUUUUUCCCCUUCUCUCCCACAGGGUAAUGACGGGAUCCCUGUACAGAAGGAAGACUGUCUUUAUGUGGGAGGUAAGGUGCUUUCUGUCAGUGUUGGGUUUCUUUUUUUAAUUUUUUUUAUGGUAACCAUAUCUAUAAUUAUUGCUUUCUCAGAUGCUGCUGGACGUCCUGCAAACUGGGCUCCUGACCGCAAAAAGAAAGAUUUCUCCUGCAGCGACCGUCUGGUAUGCCAUUACAGAUUACCAUCAAUCGUUACCUGAUGUUUAUUGAAAGGGACACUUUAGGCACCUCUCCAGCUCAUUGAAGUAGUGUGGGUGCAGUGUCCCUGUCCCACUUAGUCAUGCAAUGUAUGACUGGCUGUCAGAGGGACUUCCUGCUUGCUAACAGAAUGACUGGAGCACUGACCCAGCACAGAGUGACUUCGGUGCUGGAAUUGGAUAAAUGACUAAAGCUGGGUGGGUGGGGGGUGCAAGAGAGGUGAGGGAACCAUAGGCUCUAUAGUGUUAUGUCAUUUUAUUGUGGUAGUUUUUGUUCAUUUAAAUAUAGUCUCCUCCUUUACUGUGUUGAUUCCCUUUAUAUAUUUAAAUGUUUCUAUCAUAUCCCCCCUGUCUCGUCUUUACUCCAAGCUAUACAUGUUAAGAUCCUUUAACCUUUCCUUGUAAGUUUUAUCCUGUAAUCCAUGAACCAGUUUAGUAGCCCUUCUCUGUACCACUAUACUGAGCUGUAGUGUUUAUGGUGCUUAAAGUGUCCCUUUAUGCAAAACAAAAUUAACUCAUCGGACAUUUUAAUUCUUUCCUCAAAUGUUCUAUAAGCUUUAUCUGCUACAAUAGAAACAAAAAUGAUUCAACUUAUCACUGCCCUCUUGUGUCGCAUGAAUGAACAAACACAGCAUAGUACCUAGAUCAGCGUUUUGUUUUGGUAUCCAUGGUAAAUUAUAGGUUUGGCUGUCCCUUUAGUUGUUUAUUACAGAUUGCCUUUCAUCAUUUUUUUGCAGUUUGCGUUGAAUAUUGGAUUAAAGUUCUCAACACCAGAAGAGUUUUUCUUGGGCUGGAAGACCGCUCCGUUUCAGUUACCUAACUUUGAUCCAGUAAGUAAAUGUGACUUCUUUUGCAGAAACCCUUUCAUACCAUAAUGAAACUUCCUGUACCUUUCGAAAGCAGGAUAUAAGCUUACAUUUUAGCAUGUUUGCAGUCAUUACAUCAGUGUCCAUGUGUUCUUCUACAGGCUAGUAAUCAUAUGUAGCCUAAAACGUUAUGGACUAAAUUUUAUUUUGAAAAAUACAUGAAAUUAUUGGGAUUCUAUUGAUUAAUGUCCAGUUGGUUGCUGGUGAAGGAGUCACUUUGACAUAUGAAUCUAUUGUGUUAUUUCUUUCAGAGGACUUUGGAUCCAAAUGCACCACUGCACGAUCCUGCUGCUACUCUGGUUUCCCCAUCUACAGAAGUGGUAGUCACAGUUGGUUUUCCUGCAGGUAAAUUAUAAUUUUUUUAGCAAUGUCUGGGUGAACUGUGAUACUCUCAUUAAAAAAGUUAUAUGGUGGCCAAAUAUUUGUCUAAGAGCAUAUUCUGCUGCUCUUCAUAUUUAAGUAAAAUGAACCACCUCAAACUUAAUAAGAUGGCUUAUGGGCAUCCCACAGAAGACUUGUUUCUUCCUCACUCUGGAAGCCUAGUCAAUGGAAAGCAGGGGUGUGAUUUAGCAUAUUCAGCUACAGAACUCUCUUCCUUGAUGAUAUAAAGGGACACUAUAGUCACCCAAACUACCUUAGCUUAAUGAAGCCGUUUUGGUGCAUAGAUAAUUCCCCAGCAGUCUCACUUCUUAAUUAUUUGCCAUUUAGGAGUUAAAUCACAUUUUUAUGCAGCUCUAGUCACACCUCUCUGCAUGUGACUUACACAGCCUUCCUAAACACUUCCUGUAGAGUCAUCUAAUGUUUACACUUCCUUUAUUAAAAAUUCUGUUUAAUUUACAAUUUCUAAUCUCCUGCUUUGUUAAAGGACCACUAUAGUGCCAGGAAAACCUACUCUUUUUCCUGGCACUAUAGUGUCCUGAGGGUGCCCCCACCCUCAGGGUCCCACUCCCGCCGGGCUGGAUGGAGAGGAAAGGGUUAAAACUUACCUUUUUUUCCAGCGCCGGGCGGGGAGCUCUCCUCCUCUUCGGCUGAAUGCGCACGCGCGGCAGGAGCUGCGCGCGCAUUCAGCCAGUUUCAUAGGAAAGCAUUGAUAAUGCUUUCCUAUGGACGCUGGCGUCUUCUCACUGUGAUUUUCACAGUGAGAAGCACGCAAGCGCCUCUAGCGGCUGUCAAUGAGAGCCACUAGAGGCUUUAGAGGCUGGAUUAACCCAUUUAUAAACCUAUACAUUUAUAGAAGAAAGGGUUAAUCCUAGAGGGACCUGGCACCCAGACCACUUCAUUAAGCUGAAGUGGUCUGGGUGCCUAGAGUGGUCCUUUAAUAGAUUGCUAGACCAUGCAAGAGCCUUCUGUAUGUGUACAGUGUACUAGCAAAACCAUUAACAGAUUUAUUUAACCAAUCAUUGUUAACAGGAGUAGUCCCAGAAGAUUGGAAGAUUGCCCAUUCACAAGAAAGGCAACAACAUUGAACAACUGGGUUGGUAACUACUGCUAGAGGCAGCCUGUCUGAGAGGAGCACUAAAAGCUGGUGUCUGAUGUGCCUUGCUCAGAGGAGAUGGUCAGAGUUGUGGCCACUGACAUUUAAUGUGGAUAAGUGCAAGAUAAUGCAUCUUGGACAUAAAAACCCAAGGGCAGAGUACAGAAUAUUUGAUAGCGUCCUAGCCUCAACAUCUGAGGAAAGGGAUUUAGAGGGGAAUUUUUCUGAUGACUUAAAGGUAGGCAGACAAUGUAAUAGAGCAGCAGGAAAUGCUAGCAGAAUCAAUCCACAGAGCAGGAGAUGAAAACUUUUAAAGUAAGUUGCUUCUGAUUUGAAAAUGAAACCGUUUUGUUUUCAUGCAGGCUGUGUCAGUCACAGCCAGGGAGGUGGCUAGGGCUGCAUACACAGAAACAAUAGUUAAAAAACUCCUAAAUGGCAGAGAAUUGAGCAGCGAGACUGCAGGAACAUGACCUAUACACAACUGCUUAAUUAAGCUUAAGUUGUUUUGGUGACUAUAGUAUCCCUUUAAUUACAUGACGUCCCAGUCAUGUGAAAACGUCAAGGAGCGUACCAAAGUGGUUCGAUUCUACUGUGGAUUAUUGGUUAUUGGUCCUGGUUAAAUCUCCUUCCUCCAGCGUUUGCUGUGUAUUCUAUAAACUUCUGAUACCCCUGAGGACGGCGUGUGGUCACGCCGAAACGUACGUCGGGUUCUUCUGUGUUUUUAAUACUCUCUUGAGCACUUUGCUCUGAGCACCUUUUCAUUUAUGUUUUUCUAGUAUGUGUGUGUUACCUGGGGCUUCAGAUGUUAUGACAGCAUUUAGAUUAGAACACCCACGAAGGUGUUUUAUAGGAGAUAGGGUAUUAGCAUAGCACUACUGUUUGGUUGGGAGUGUGUGUUUCUCCCUUUCCCUGUUCUUUCCUACUGCUUUGUUACCUGAGUUAUGUAUGUGGGUACAUAUUGCCUUCUAUCCCCUCUCCGCUUCUUGUGAGGGUUGGCUCUUGAUUAGCCUUGUUCCUACCAUACAUAUUUCUCCCUAUAUUAUUCUGUCCAUCACUGAUUACCCAGGUUUUUUAAUAGAUUUCAAUAAAGGAUUUUUUAUUUUUUGGCAACUACACUACUGUUGAGAUUGGACUGGGUAUUUACCCUCUGGGCGGUCUUUAUAUAAGACAUCCCUUUUUGGGUUUUUUUUCUUCCUUUAUUCUAUAAACCAGGUUCCCAACCCAUUCCUUUAGGCACACUAUCAGUCCAGGAAUUCGGUAUAUCCCAUUCUGUUCCAAGGGGUAUGCUGGCAGGCAGACUUUGAACUGCCGUCCAUUGAACAACUGGGUUGGUAACUACUGCUAGAGGCAGCGUGUCUGAGAGGAGCACUAAAAGCUGAUGUCUGAUGUGCCUUGCUCAGAGGAGAGAUGCAGACCAGUGCUCAAUUAAUUAUUCCCUCCCCUCCCACCCAAUGUCAUCUAUGUUGAAGCAAUAAAUACAAACUCAUUGCUACAUAUUUGGCAUCUGGUUCCACUGGCACCGGUGUCUUACUACGGGCUGCGAGGAGGCAGACAAAAGUUAAGGAAAAAAGGUAGAUUUUCCGAAUUCACCUUCCUAGAUGUAGAGAGACAUUUGCAUUUUUGUAACUUUUCAAAGGUUGAAGCGAAAAUAAAUAAACCUAAAUGACAGCUUGUGUUAAUCAAAAUAUUGAAAAAUUGUCUACUUGGCAGGUCCAUUUGUAUCAUAGCAAGAGAAAUAAUCACUGGAGUAGACUCUAUUUAAAGCAUCUUCUUUGUUUUUACAGCUGGAAAGUCCAAAUUCGUAAAGGAUUACCUUGUUCCAAAGGGUUACGUUUGUGUCAACAGGGUAAGUCCUAGUAAGAAGGCAAAAAUAGCCACAAGUGUAACAGAACACACCUCUCGCGUAUCGAGCAUUAUUCGACCUAUUGAGCGAAAACCCAGCCAUGUUUAUUUGAGUAUAAAUCAAGUAUUCUGCUGUUAAAAUGACACCAUAGACCCAGACCACUUCCACUCAUUUGAUAAACUGCAAUAAUUACAUUGCAGGGUUAGGUGUCUGGUUUUGUUUUUCCAUCGUUCAAAAUUAUAUUCUGUUUUUUUCCACCUAUAGGAACCAGUUCUAAAACGUUCUUUGUUCUUGAAGCCAAAAGCCAAUUUCUUGCUAUUUUCAUUCUACUCUUGUGGUUUAAAACAGCAUUGUAAGGAGAUUAGGGCUAUAGAACAUUGUGUUGCUAGCUGGCCAGAAGGGGGCACUAUUUGUGGUAAUAUUGAGUGUGGACAGUUUCAUGAUUGUUGCCUGUUAUGAAGAUGAAACGUCUUCUCCCAGGAAAAUAUGAAAUGUUACGUCCACAAUUAAAAAGACAGGUAGGACAGGGUGACAUGCGGAAGAUAAAUUCCAAGUGGAACAAUGCAUAUGUUAACCAAUUAAGAACCAUAUGAUGGUCUAUGCCAUCAUGCAGUGUAUUAAAAGGCUUUUUAAUGUAAAUGGCUACUAGGUGCUUUCUGGGUCAGUGCUGCACGUUGUGUAGCACUGACAUUCAGUGUCUCCAACCUCUGCAUGUAGACACUGAACUUUCCUCAUAGAGACGCAUUGAUUCAAUUCAUCUCUAUGAGGAGGUGCUGAUUGUCCAGAGUGGCGUUUGCUAGAAAACUUUUAUCUGGAAUAUAACUAUUAGACUGGAAUAAAGGUAAGAUGUUACUAUAUUUAUGGAGGCAAGGGGGCUAAAUGGUGGUUUUAACAUUAUAGGGUCAGGAAUACAUGUUUGUGUUCCUAACCCUAUAAUGUUCCUUUAAGGUUAUGUUUAUUAUUAGAUUUUGGGAUUAGGGUUUGGUUUAAAAUUAAGGAUUUAAAUUACUUUGCUGUGGUAUUAAGUGAAAAACAAACAAAUUAAGCUUAAGGGGUUAAAUUGUUCUUUUUAAAUUGUUUAUGGGGAAAAUAACUGGGUGGUGGUGUAGACCAUUUUUUCUAUAUUGAAUGUGCAACAAAACUAUUCAACAGGAUACUCUUGGAACUUGGCAAAAAUGUGUGGCCGGCUGUGAAGAGGCUUUGAGAAAUGGAAAGAGCGUAGUCGUUGAUAACACAAAUCCUGACCUGGAGUCUCGAAGCAGGUAGUAAUGUUGUUGUGCCAGGAUUGAUUUUGUAGGGACCCCAAUACUUCAACUUCCCACUUUUUACUCUACUACCCUACCCUACUGCAAUGCUUAUCUCAUCAAUAAUAUUUGGUCGUUGACACACCUGGUGGUCAGGUGACAUGGAAGCAAAGAGUUAUACCUGGGGGCGGUAAAGGUCUGUCUUAUAGGGUUCCCAUCUCAUGUGUUCCUGAGAUACACAGGUACGAUUAUUCACUAAACCUUUCAACCUGGCUGUUUUAAUUUUGAACUGUAGUGGAUAUUUCCUGACAAUUCAGAUGAAAGGUUUGUUCAAUAAACACAGGACUGUAGUGAAUUGGUUAAAGGAAAUCUGUGCCUAUGGCUUGGUUUGAGAAUAUUACCAAAUCAGUGCUUUUUGCUUGCAUUUUUCAGUUUGUUUUUCAACUCACUUUAGUUUGGUGUUUAUUGAAUAACCCUGAAAGUGAUUCUCUGGACUGUGUAUUGUCUGCAAGUGCAAAUUUCAGGCAAAAAUAGUCAAAUUGGAAAAUAUCUUCACCUCCGUUGUUCUGGCAUUAUAUGGACAAUUCUCAGAGGAUUUUUUUUUAGCAGUUUAGGAGUUAUUGAAUAACCCUCAUGAUGUCAUAGCGUAUCACUACACAGUCACUGAGAAUGACAAGCCGUCAAGGAUGAGGGAAAAACAUUUCUAUUCCUUGGGAGAAAAAUAAUGAAAAGGCAGAAUACUAAGUGAAAUGUAAAAUACACUAUAUAAUAUAGUGUAGAGUAUCCAGGAGCUAGUUAGUAGAUGGGAUAUAUAAUAAAUAUAAAAACAGAAAGAUAUUAAAAACAAUAUAAAACACUUCAAUGUCCAAACCGGACAAUUCACCUUGUGUUGCUUCCACAAUCUGGGCUAGAGAUACCUACACCAUACAUAUUCACCCUAUUUGGACAUUGAAGUGUUUUAUAUUGUUUUUAAUAUCUUUCUGUUUUUAUAUUUAUUAUAUAUCCCACCUACUAACUAGCUCCUGGAUACUCUACACUAUAUUAUAUAGUGUAUUUUACAUUUCUCUUAAAGGUUUUGGUGAAUUCCCUUUUUUUUUCUCCAGUUUCAGCGCUGUUCCCCUCUGUCUUAUUCCCUCUUUUUUUUCUCUGUAUAUUCAACUUCUGAAUAUCAGGAUAUUUGCAGAAUACUAAGUGAGACUGACAUCUUCUGGUUUGCUUUUUCAGUGAUUGUUGAUAGAGUUGAAUUGCAUCUGGCUAAACGCCACUAAUAUAUAAUUUAAUGUGUUCAGAGAAACUAAUAGCAGCUAUAUCUAGACUUACUUGUCUUCUGAGUUAUAGAGAGUCAAAUGAUAUUCAGCAAUAUCUCUUCUUUUGUGUUUCCUCACUCCUAUAUUUUAUUUUCUAACCUAAUUAAAUUUAGAAGACUUAGGUUUUAGCCAUUUUAAAGUGAACCUGUUAUGGAAAAAUGAACUUACCUGAAAAUAUACCAUAUAACAUAAAGAUGCAUUCAAUGUAAAAUCUAAAGAUUUACUCACUUUUCCCCCGUUCCAGCACCGCGCCCUGGAUGUUAUUUUUCAUGUAACAUCCACCCACUGGCUGUUUCCCGUUCCACCUCUGUUCUUGCUUAAUUUGCCCUGCUUAGGACGCAUCCCCAAGCCGGGCAAAUGUCGUCAGUGACGUUGGCACGCUGACUUCGUUUCCAGCGUGCAGACGGCGGAACGGAGUGACGUGACAUCACUCCAUUCCUAUAUUCCAUGGCAAUGACGUGCUGUGGUUGCUGUGGGUGGAGAGCAGAGGGACCUCCUGUGUUUAAGUCUUUUCUGCUCUCUCCUGCUUGGCAGCUGGGGGAAAAGCCUUUUCUCUUCUUUUUUAAAUCUUUUUUUUUUUCUCCUAAUCUAUACUUUUGCUAUCAAAACUGCUAGCAUAAUGUAUAGAUAAAAUCUUAUGCUCAAUCUAAUGAGCGUAAUUUGUUUAGCGCCUGACAGGUGCCCUUUAAAAGACAUAUGUAAAAUCAUGGGUGUCAAAUGUAUACACAAAACGCCAGAAUCAAGACAGAGUGGCAAUAUGUUUCUAACGUUUAAUCAAACAAGAUUUGUGCUAAGUGUUGAAUUGUAGAAAUAGGAGAAAAACAAACCUUACUCCAACUGGAUCUAGUAAAGAAACACUCCAACCUGCAAAGCUGCUGCAGUGAUCUAGGAAUAAGCAGAGUGUACUCUGUGUCUUAUUUCAUGAAACUGUCAAUUGUGCUCAAAGCAGAAGGCAGUGCUUCUCAUGGAGAUACAUUAGUUUCAAUGCUUCUCUACGGAAAGCAUUUUAUUGGCGCUGGGCAACCAUGCAUUCGUCUUACGUCCCAAUACAUCUCAAUGAGCAUUGGAUUUGCCUGGGAGAUCCUCACUAAUAGGGAUCUUUGUAAGGUAGAUGGGAGCUGCAAUACGGAGACAGUCUCAACUAGAGGAAUUAGAGGUAAGUCACAUUUUUGAAGGAAUAGCAGUAGGGUGAAAUCCAAAUAAAUGAUGCCGCAUUAAAAAUGUUUGUUUUUGAUUUUUAAGUGUAAGUGAACCCACACUUACACAACCAAGGGUCAAAUAAAUAGCCGCAUGUAGAUAAAGAACGGCUUGGAAUCUGUCCGUGCUCGUUUUAGUAUCCAUUUCAUAGAGAAAAAAAAAUACCAGGUUUUUGUUUUUUCUUACCCCUCCUACAAUGCUCUGCUACUGAAUGAGCAUGUCGUUGCACUUAUUGUAGCGAGAUAAUAUCAGAUGGUAGAUGACUGGUGGAGAAUAUUUCAGGAGUUAUUCAGAAUAAUGAAUAGUUUUUCGGUUCUUGUAUGACUAUUGAAUCUGAAAUGAAAGUGACAGUUUAUUUUAAUGAGCAAUUCGCAAAUAUUUUGCCCUUUAUAAGCACUUUGUGGCUAUUGUGAUAAUUGUAUAUAGUGUGAAGGAAUCCGUGGUGUGUGCAGCCCACCUGUCUUGGUGUUCAUAUUGUGUUGGGUUUUAUACUUAUUGUAUUAUUAUUAUUUAAACAUGAGGAUUGCGUUCCUUUAACAUAUUUGUUAUAAUAUACCACCCAGUUUUUUAAAUUCAAGUAUAUUGACAUUUUUUAAGAAAUCCCCUGCCUACCUUUACCACUCACACUUUCUAAAAGAUAAAAUGUGAUGACUGUAUUUCUUAAAGUUGUUUAAUGACUUUUUACACAGUUGUCUUACUCGUAUGUUUGACCCCUAAGGUACAUCAAUUGUGCGAAAAAUGCUGGCGUACCGGUGAGGUGUUUUGAGUUAACAACCACUGUAGAGCAGGCGAAGCACAACAACCGGGUAAGAGAAGGCAUUUAUUAUGGAUAUCAUAUCUCGUCCACUCAAAACUCAUAAUUAGAUUGCUGUAAUGCUGUUCUUCUUUUAGUUCCGAGAGAUGAGUCAGAAGGGACACGUAUCUGUGAAUGAUAUGGUCAUCAACAGCUACAAGUAAGUGCCCGGCUUGUCAUCAAGUCAGUCCAAGCGGGGGUGGCUCCUGGACUCAAGGGCCUCUGGCAAAACACACAGAGUACAUGCAGUUGCCUAGAAGGUGCCAAUAAUGUUGCAGCUCUUGUAGUUUGUGGCUUUAAAUAGUCAUGAAGUAGAAAGUUUAAAAUAUUGUUGUUGCUGUCUGACCUGUUAACCCUUAGGAACCCAUGCUCUACCACUACAAAUUUAGAUUAUUAGAUAAUCAAACAAACCUUAGAUCUAUCUGCAUGUUCUCAAGCUGGGGGACACUACAAUUCCUGUGAUGCUUAUGAAAUAUUCUAAAAAAAAUAAAUAAAAAUGUUUCUAUGCCUAGCUAAUAGACUCUAAUACUGCUAGAUCUUCAGUUAAUAAUUGUACUGUAUCUUGAUUAAAUUAAUAUUUCACAAACAAGCAUAAGAAAUGCUUUUUGAUACAUUUUUUUAUUUAUUUUUUAAUAACACCUUCUGCCAGGGUGCCAUUCAGUCUCUCUACAUCUUUGCAGAGGAACUGUUAAUAGCAGCCCCACGUUAAACUGGCUGCAUGCUUGCCUUUUGGCAGCCAAUGAGCGAGCGGGAAUGUCCUCAUACCGACUACAAUGCCAGGAUUCUUGGCAGGCUGCAAUAUCAGUGUGUUUAAUGCUGAACCGAUACCCUUAUUUAUACAUUAUUGAUACAUUCUAGUGGCAUUUUUUAGAAAGCUACAUUUCCAGAAAUCGCACCAGGUUUCUUAUAAGCACCUAUAAUCAGAGUAUUUGACAUUUGCGGUCGAUGACAAAGGUGCUAUAUUUGCUUCUAUGCUAUGGGAAAGACAUCUGAAAUGCUGUAAGAGAAAACCUACAAUAAGUCCCUCAAAGUUUGUCCAUAAAGUUUGCACUAAUAAAGGAAAGCUUAAAAUAAUGUAGAUUUGCAUAACUAUAUUCGGAAGUAUCUCUAAACAGUACUUUUUCCAUUUGUUGUUUUUUAACUAGGAAGUUAAUAGAUGUAUGUAAUUUAUAUUCUGAUGCAGAUUUAACAAAAAAUAAACUACUGUCUUUCAUAAAGCGCUCAGAAAUAAUGAGGAAUCAGAAGCAAUUGUACACGUUUGGUAUCCUGAGUGUCUUUAUAUUUCUACCCUGCAAAAUCGUUGCAGGAUGUGCUCGUUUUCAUGAUGCUUUUUAUCAAAAUGUUAAAAGGUUUUUUGUUUACAUUUUUUAUUUAUAUAUAUGUGAUUUCCCUCCCCCCCCCACCCACUUUUUUUGCAGGAGUAAGUUUGUAGCACCCUCUGUGAGUGAAGGCUUCAGUGAGAUUGUGAAAAUCCAUUUUGUGCCCCGUUUCAAGGAUGCGUUGGAAGAAUCUUUGUAUCGCCAAUUCUCAGAGGGCUGAGAGUUCAAACCCCCCAUGUAUGUCAAAAAUUUUGUGUUGCCACUCAGAAAUACUGUACUAAAAUGUGAACAGUAAUCAAAGGCAAAUCUAUCCACGCAGCAGUAGGACAAAAACAAACAGAAUUAUUUUAAUAAAUAGAUUGUCUUUCCAAGAAAUGUUAUCUUCCUAUAGUAGUGAUAUCAAUUCAGGCUCAAACACUUAUGUUAUCUUUUUAAUACAUUCCCAAAACGCACGUUUCCGUUAAAAUAAAUCCUGUUAAAAGGUAAUAGUUUAUGCCACUCACAGCUUUUCUCUUGGUCCAAUCUACCGCUCUUCUGCUAAAAUCUUUAUACAAUAUGCUGCAUCACAAACCAAUGCAGUUGCUCCCAUUGAGAUUAUUGGGACAGCACACUUGGUUUAAGUUGGAAGCUUUACCAGUGUGCUGUACAUGCACUUAAUGAUCCUAUAGAAACCAGUGAUGUUAGCAUGCCUAUCAGUGAGUGUAUAUCUGUGUGCUGCCGGGCUCUGGUGUACACUCAAGGCAAAGGGUAAAGCAAAUCCCGAGUCGCACACUCAGUAACUUUAUUCAUGAUUCCAAUUCCGAGUCUGCAUAAUUUCCUGAUGUAAGCCUUUUUUUUUUUUUCUUUUUCUUUAUAUCUUCAUCUGACAUUGGAAUUUAAUUAUGAACUCUUUGAGUACUAGGCUUGCAAGAAACUGUACUGUUAUAAACCAUUCGCUUUAGCUUGCAGGUUACGUAGUCGGGUAACUUUGCAGAUACAGUGAUAGCUCUGCAGGUCCUAGAAUUUGGCAGGUCCUACAUUGCGGCAAGCUUCUUUCAAGUUCAGCUGCUUACACAAUGGACUUGGCAUUGAGAUCGGCAUAGUAAACGCUUCCAGAACAGUAUCUCUGCCAGCCUAGUUUCAUUUGAGUUCUCAUUUAUGGAUUACCACCAAGGUGGUGAUUAACAGAUAAAUAUUAAACGGUUAUAUAUGUGAUCCAGGUAUGGAUUGGAUGUGUACCUCAAACACAGUGUAUGUUACAUUUGAAGGAUAUCAACACAGAUGCAAUGUUUACUGUGGUAAUGUGCCAUCAGGCCACAAGAGGGUGCUAUGCACUGAUUUGUUUUUUUGUUUUGUUCUAUAAAUAUAUAUAUAUUUUUGCACUUUUACAUACUCUAAACAAAAAAAGAGAAAAAAAAAAGAUUAUGUGUAACAUUUUGAAUAUGAAACUAAUUCUGUUCACAGCUGACACUUUGUUUGCCAGAGUUUGUGCAGACUGUAUGACACCUAUCCUCUUGACAUUGUAUCCUAACCAAUGAUCUCAUUUAUUUUGGCACAAGCUGUUCAGAUCAUUCAAAUAUGUUCCCUAACUGCAGUCAAGUAGUAAACACUGGAAAAUUUCCUCUUCUUGUGAUUUGACUCUUUCAAUCAUAAUGUAGUAAUAAGAACAUUUAAUGACGCAUUGUCACCUGCCAUAACUGCAAGUCAAUCUAUAGAUCAAGAUAAGAAUUGGUUUAACACUUAGGGCAUAUGAUGAUUAAUGGGAGCAUAAAUUUAUACCAAAUGAAUGUCAAAAUUAGGAAGGUAAUUCCAUUCACAGCCGGCCAGUUAUUUAAUACUCACAUAUUAGCCCCACUUUUGGGGGUCAAAGUAAGUGACCUCUGCUGUACAUACCUUAUUGAUGUGUUGCUGUCUCCCAACUCCAUAUGAGCUUUCUAGGAGUUUUAACCUAGUCGCCAGCAUUCUGUUGUAAAACGUUAAUAGAUGAACUGCAAGUCCAAGAAAGUCAGGGCAUCGUGUAUAGCACAAGGACAAACUUUCAUUUGGAAGAGAGGGUUAGAAAAGGUAGAUUUAAAGAGCAAAAUUAGAAGAAAAAAAUAAAUGACUUACCCCUUGCAUAUGUAGGCGCCUAGAGUUUAAUGCUAUAAUAGGAUCACUUGUCACUUAAGUUUGUCAGGAGCAAUAAACCGGGUGGCGAAUGGUCCAGAGCAUCCAUCUUUACAAACAAUAUAUGGGAGGUACCAGCUUAGCCUGUUCGCUCAGAUGAAAUUCACUACGGCACCACAAGUGGCAGUGCUUGGAUCAAAACAAAGCCAUUGUUUAUGGAUCACGAAGUAUAAAACGACUUCAGUUUUCUGAAGUGGUUAUAGUGCAAGGAAAACCUGUGCCAAAUCAUGCGUGUUAAUUGUAUCUACGUUCCGUAUGAUCACACAAUGUGCAUUAUUGGUGAACACGUGCAGUUUUGACUGGUCCCUUGCACAGAUAAACUUGCGUACAGAAUUUGGUGUUGAUUCAAAAAGGAGCUGGAUCGUAGCUGUAUGUUGUAAGAAAUUAAUUUAUUUUGCCACUUAGUGUAAAUACAGAUUUUUUACGAAUUAGACGCUACGUACAGCGCUACGGAAUUUGUUGGCGCUAUAGAAAUAAUAAUAAUAAGAAGAAGAAUAUGCAUUAAAAAGGUUCUCUGGAGCUUGCAUUUCCUGUUAUAGUGGCUCUGUCCCCUGCUCUUACCUUUCUUUGAUCUAUUCCUUUUCUCUUCCUCUCUCUGAAUCUUCUUUUCCUUAUUUCUAAUAUUUUUCUCGUGAAAUACAUAAAGCAGAGUAAAGACUUCUUUUUUCCUUCACUUGAUGUAUUUUUCCUUCACUUGAUGACCAAAGGUGUAUUCUUUAAGGCAGGCUCCAUUUUCCUUGGUCAAGUCAAAUUUUUCCCACAAUACUUACAUGCUUAUCGCAUUUCUCUUAUCUAUUCUCACAAUGCUUUCUAGUCCUCCGAGCAUUGCGCAUGUCCAAUACAGUCGCAUUUGCCUCUGGGUACUGAGCAUGAAUGGGCGUCAUAUGGACAAACUAAAGCAAUGACCAUGGAAGCGGACUGGUAGGAGAUCCGUUGCCGCAUUUAAGGAAGAAAAGGUGAGUUAAAAAGGGAUAAAAGGAACAUUAAAAAACAUGAGGCAUUUGGAAAGCAUAGAACUGGGGGGGUCUGAAAAAAAAAGUGUUCGGUUGUGACACAGACGCUUUAAGAAUCAAAACUUAUGCAGGUAUGUGGUAUGCACACAAUGUAGGUCUGUGCACGCUUUUGCACCAACGUACCUUGCAAUCUUUCCCCAUACACUCCUGCAAAGCAUGUGAGGUCUCAUUCUGGCAAUUUGUUUGUUUUUUAUAAAAAUCAAAAUAAGUAUUUAAUGUUUUUAUCAAUAUAGAAUGUAUAAUUUGAACAGUGGAACAAUACAUUAAAAAAAACAAACCAAAAAAAGCCUUUUUAUAUAUUGAAAAGAGUUGCAUAUUAGCCAAGAUUAGGUUUUAUAAAAUGUACAACUGGUAUAGGUUUGUUUUAUAACUUAACUCUUUGUUGCCUGUGUAGCUAGAUUGCAAACUUUAAUAGGACUUUUGUUUAACAGGCAUUUUACUCCACCCGCUAACCCAGGAAAAAUAUUCAUAAUUAGCUUAAUUACUAAACUGCUGUAAUUCAGUUGUAAUUUGCACGUAAAUAUCUGGUAUGCAUACUGUACAUACACAUUUUAUGUAAGUAUAGGCCAUUUAGUUUAGGAAUUUUGAAGUCUGUUUUGUUUAACUAUUUCAAAUUAACUGAAGUGUGAAUGCUCAGGAAUUCAGUGAAUAAUCAUUUUAGACCAAUAUAGCCAAAUGAAAACAUUCUCCCAAGGUGGCUAUGUGUUGAGCUAUUUUGUAUUUCUGAAAUUGAAAUUCAUAUGGUAUUCACAAGCAAUUCCCAUUUUAGUGAAUUUGUUUAAGCAGUGUUUACUAAAUGGUUAAUGGCAAAUUUUAUGCCAAAAUAGGUGGUCUUAAACCGUAACGGAGUUGGACAAUAUUUCUAACUCUGCUAAUUUGAACAGAAAUUUGCAAUACUCUUGUUUUGUACUUCUUCACAAUUCAGUGAAUAAAACUUGAUUGUCGUCUGAAUCAGAUUUGUGCCUGCCUUCACCUUACAGGGAUACUCUAGGCACCAAACUCACUUCAUAUUAUUAAAGUGGUUAUGGUGCCAGGACACAUCCAUGCUUUUUUACAGUUGAAAUAUUUUUCAGCUUUGUCGAAAGAGGCGUUUAAAGCAGAGGGCAUCGCUCCGACUAGAAGCCCUGUCAGUUGGGGAGCUUGGAAUUAAACUUACCGUCAUCCUCCCACAAAAAAUACGGGUGUGAGAGAAACUUGCGGAUGCUGUUCCCUGGAAACAAGCAUGUGUACAUGUCUCUGAUUAAUGUGGGCCACAAGCUGCACAAAUCACAGAGAAUGGGAAGUGUAUAUCCUGGCUCUCUGAUGACAGCACGUGUAGGUGGAGCUUUCACUUCUCAAAACAAUUGCAUGCCACCUUAUAACUGGCACAUACAAACAAAACAUAUUGCAGUAUUUCACUCCCAAUUGAAUACUACAUACAAUGCUUCCAAAUGACUGAUGGUUUUUGUCCAACCACAUGGUUGGAAGUAUGUUCUAUAAUGGAGAAUGGAUUUCCUAAACCUAAAUAAAAAAAUUAAAUUAAAAAACACUCCAUUGGUGGUGUUCUUAUUUCCAUCUUGUGGCGUAAUGAGUGACAGUGCUGGUGACUUGACCCAUUACCUCACCACGGCAGACAAGUUGGUGUCAGGAAUAGAACUCCUCUAUAUUAUACCUGGAAGAAGGAAGACAUUACCUAAGCCAGAUUACGUAAUGAAUAGUGACUCUGUUACACCGAGUGACCUGUACGUCUCCAAAUGAUGAAUCAUAUAGCACACCUCACCACUUAACUUGUGUGUUACCAUAUACACUGAUAUUCUUUCUAGUUGGGGCUGAUUUACUAAACAGAGACAGGGUUAUUCACUAAUGUUUGAAGGCAGAGGAAAUAAAAGUGAAUUUCGAACGUUGGGCAAAAAAUAGCCAAACUGUGAACAGAGAGAGUUGGCCUUGGAGAGUUUUAACAGUUUAGCAUUUUUUAUUUUACUUAUUUUGGCCUAAAAUAUAAAAUUCAUUUUGAAUCCUUGACUAUUCACACUUUCAGGGCCGGUGUGCCCUUAGUACAACUUAGGCAGUUGCCUAGGGCGCACUGGCCCGGGGGGCAACAGAUUUGAGUGACCCGGUAGGAGGGAAGCAUACAGCUCUCAGUGGGCACUUCUUUCAGUCUGGCCGGGUACAGGAAACAGAACUCCUGUACCGUGGUCUGCGCCGCCCGGCCAUGUUACAAAGAGGUAGGAGGCACAACAGGG